UCGUCGCUUACUAUUAUCAGUGGUGAGUAGUGUCCCUGGAUGCUACUACUUCGAAAAUAUAGCGAACAAUAUAAUAAAUAAAAAAAUAUAUAUUAUAAGUUUAUUAAAAAUAAUAAACAACAAUGGAAAGAACACGAAAUUAUCAGCGAAUAGCGAACGACACAGUACGAAAUAAAAUUUCUAGUGAAAGUGAUUUCGGCCCACGUAAAACAAUAUUUGUUUUAACAGUUGUUGCUGGUUGUUUUGCUAUAUUAUGGCCGAAAAUUUUUUAUCCUAUGCUUAAUGGCCCUGCCAAUACCGUUCAUUCACCUAUUGAUGGAUCUGCAUGCUGUGAUUUAAUAUUCGAAAAUGAUAUCAAUGCAGUGGAUAUUUUACAAGAAAUGUGUAAAAAUAUAUUAAAUUAUCAUCAAGUUGAUCCACGAGUAAGGGAUAUUGUAAACAUAAAUAAAUUACCACCUCAAAGUAUUAAUUUUUGUCGUGAACAAGUACUAUUGCGUUGUGGUAUCGACUUAUCAUCAUUCUUGGCUAAAGAAGAAAAAUUAGGAAAAACAUAUAAACAAGUUCUCCAAGAAAUUCGGUCAUUCAAUAGUUCAUUAUGUCUUAAAAUUAAUUUUGGAGUAUCCAUAUCACGUUUAGGAACGCCGCAUCUUAUUAGAUAUCAUAUUUUAAUGUCACACACACCAAUUAAACAGGAACGUCGUAUACCUCCUCAUGCGGGAGGUUUACAUCCAGCAAUGAGAGAACGUGGUAGAGCAAUACCUUCUUCACAUAUUGUACCAAGAGUUGAAGGAAGACCUGAACAAGUAGUUGUACAAAAAAUGAGACCACCAAUGGGUGGUCCAGGUCGUGUAAUAACACCUCAUGCUGGAGGUAGCAGUAUGGGAAUUAUUAUGCCACUUUAUACCGUAGGAAUUUUGUUAUUUUUUCUUUAUACAAUCUCCAAGAUAUUAAGAAAAAAUUCAAACAAUGAAAUUUAUCCUGAAUAUACAAAUCCUGAAGCUGAAAGAGAAUUUCGCGACCGAGUUUUUAAUCCAAAAAUAUUAACAACAGCUAUGACUGGUAUGCCUUAUUAUCGUAAAGAAAAAUCACCCGAAUCCAUUCGACGUACCCCAACCAUUGAAGAAUUAAAGCACCAAGCUGCAGGGGACAUAGAGGUAGAUCAAUUAAUUCAACGAUUGGCCGACACAGAAGCAGCGAUGGAGAGAAUUGUCGUACAAAUGGGCAACCUAUCUCGUACAGUUGCACAAAAUCCAAACUCACAGCAAGAUACACAGGGAGAAUGUUUGGACAGCAGUUGUUGCAGUAUUGGUAGAAAUGAAAUAGAAGAAUUAGAUAGAUCAUCACCUACUGUGAAAGUCAUGGGGAUGGAAAUGACUGCAAAUUGUGAAGGUGGACAAAAAAUAAGUAGACCAUCAACACCAACUACUAUUCAUUCACUCAAUCAUUCGGAGCGUGAGAAAACACCACCUAAACCGAUUUAUCUAGAAGGUGCACUUCCGUCGCAAUGCGAACUUCUAGUUACGGAUUCCAAAACACAAACUGAAAAUUUAGAAGAGAAUGCUGGAGCCCCAAUUGUUUUAUCUGGGAAAAUGACGCUAUCUCUCAUCAGUCUCGACCAAAUUUCAGCUAACUCAAAGGAAAUCAAUGGCAACAUUGACGAACACAAAGAAAAAAUUGUCAAAAUUGUACCUGAAAAUUAUAAUGCUCUUGAUGAAAGUAAACAAGUUGAUUUAAAUAAUGAUAAAAUUGCAAUUGACAAAUCAAAAAAUAUGUUAAAUAAGAAAAAAAAAGAAAAUGAAAAUAUAGAUGAAGAUGGAGAUGAAGAUAAAGAAGACAAUGAUUACAAUAGUUAUAAUAACAAUGAUGAUGAUGAUGAUGAUAAAAAGGAUGAUGAAGAUGUCAUUCAUGAUGAAGAUGUCGACAAUGAUAACGAUGACAACAAUGACAAUUAUGAUAACGAUGAUGAUGAUGGCGAUGUUAAUGAUAACAGCAGUAAAAAAAUAUCAUCAAAAGAUACUAUGUUGUUUUAAAUUAAUUUAAUAACUACUAAUAACAAAUCAUUCAAAAGUCAUAGAAAAUCGAUAAUGUACAUUAGAUUAUUUACUUUUGUACAGAUCGUUCAAAGUUAUUUAAACCAAGUAAUUACUAUAGUGAUAUAAAAUUACAAACGUUCACAAAAAUCAAGCAUCAGUAUCAUGUUUCCUUUAAGAAAUUGAUUGACUUUUUAUAUUGAUUAUAUUAAGAAUUAAAUAAAAAAAACUUCGAAUAAAUUUAGUGUUCGAAAAACAUUGUUUUGCAUGGCAUGAAAAAAAGUAUCUAAUCUAAUCAGCUAUCUGUUGAAAAUAUUUAAUUGAUAGUUAUCAAUUAUUAUAAAAGCGAUUGAAAAAAAUAAAUAAGUAAAAAGAUAUUUGCCAAUAUGAAUACUUUAUGGCCAAAUUUAAUAUUUUUUUCAGAAGGCUGAAAAUUUUUUUACAAGAAAUAUGUAAUGUUCAAGUUGAGAUCUCCGUCUUAAUACUUAAAUUAAAAUAAUAAUAAUUAUAACAGUAGAAGAGUAAGAUAGUUAUUAAAGUUAAUAGUUAUACAGUGGAAUGUAUCAAUGCCCAUAACUAUUAAAACCUUCCAUUAUUGUUGCAAAUAUUUAAUACUAUCAUCAAUCUGUUAAAAUUUAAAUAAAUGACAAUUUUAAAAAGUGUAA